GGGGUCAGCUCUUGGCUGUGCGGUUUCCCUCUUUGUUGCGGGGCCAGUGCUCCCGGUUUGGCGGGUUGGAGGCAGCGGCCGCUCACAGAGAAGAGGUCCGGGGCCCGGGGAGAGAGAGAGAGAGAGAGAGGCCAGGGGCCCGGGGAGAGAGAGAGGCCAGGGGCCCGGGGAGAGAGGCCAGGGGCCCGGGGAGAGAGGCCAGGGGCCCGGGGAGAGAGGCAGAGAGAGGGGGCCCGGGGCCGGGGGUGGGGGGAGAGGCCGAGAUGCAGGAACUUAUCUCCAAUGUGGACCACAUCAAAUUCGAGCUGGAGAUCGCGGUGGAGCAGCAGCUCGGGGCUCAGCCGCUGCCCUUCCCCGGGAUGGACAAGUCCGGAGCAGCGGUCUGUGAAUUCUUCCUCAGAGCAUCUUGCGGGAAAGGUGGGAUGUGCCCGUUUCGGCACAUCAGUGGGGAAAAGACGGUGGUGUGCAAGCACUGGCUACGAGGGUUGUGCAAGAAAGGAGAUCAGUGUGAAUUCUUGCACGAAUAUGAUAUGACCAAGAUGCCCGAAUGCUAUUUCUACUCCAAGUUCGGAGAAUGUAGUAACAAGGAAUGUCCGUUCCUACACAUCGAUCCUGAAUCCAAAAUCAAAGACUGCCCCUGGUAUGACCGAGGCUUCUGUAAACACGGUCCCCUCUGCAGGCACCGACACACACGACGAGUCAUCUGUGUAAACUAUCUGGUAGGAUUCUGCCCGGAGGGACCCAGCUGUAAAUUCAUGCACCCUCGGUUUGAGUUGCCUAUGGGUACUGGUGUUGACCAGCCACCAAUACAACAGCAGCAGCAGAUUCAACAGAAGCAGAACAUGGGUCCAUGUCUGCAGAGGAUGUCCUCUCUGGUGCAUAUCCCCAGUAUGAACCCUGGCAUGGGCUUGCAGAAGCUAUCCAUGCAAUCUGGGUAUCAACCAUCGCAGUUUCAGCCUUCGUCAAAUCGUGGGCCCAGGCCUCUGGAGCAAGUUACGUGUUAUAAGUGUGGUGAAAAGGGACAUUACGCUAACCGGUGCACAAAAGGACACUUGGCGUUUCUUAGUGGUCAGUAAAAAUCCAAUAGCUCAAAGAUGGGACACGUCCAAUGGAGGAGUUGUCUGAGUUCAGAAUAGAAUGGACAUAGUUUCCUGGGUGAAGUUGGGCAUCGCGUGGCUUAACUGUUGGGUUUUUGAACCCCUGAAGAGCUGGGUGAUGAUUGCUCCUGCAAUGUGCCCCACUGUUCUAAGAUCAGGCACUGUGAUAACUAUGAAGAAUAAAAGCACAGAAAUAUCUUACUGUACCCUCUGCUGCAAUACUUGUUUCCAGUAAUGUUUUAUACGCUAUGAAAUCUGGCACAGCGUGUGUGGGCAGAGGGAAAGAUGAACAGCAACAAAAUUAGAGUCAACGAAUCACUAGAAAAAAGACUGUAAAUUGUGGUAUUUCGUAAUACGCUGUUUAUUUGCAACUCAUUCUCCUGAAGGUGUCAAAUGGUAUUGGUUGUGAGGGUAAUUUUUUUUUUUUUUGGAGCUUCCCACACCACCAAGUGGGUUCAAGCUAUUCAAACGCGUUUCACUUAGAACCUUGAUGGGGCAGAAGAAACUCAUUCAACCUCAUUGGCGUGGGAUGGAUUUCAAUCUUGGUAAAUAUCGGAGGUAAAUCAUAUUCUUAUACACUGUGCCAUCCAGUUCCCCACCAACCCAUCCCAAUGCAUUAGUUGAAGAAAUUAAUAAAAUUAAAACCGAAAGCAAAGACCCUGUCUCACAUCUGCAAAGAAACAACUGGCAAAUUACUGCGGAUCAUGGAGACCUGCUGCAUUGUCUAACUGAUUUGGCUCUGGAUUCACAGUUGUUUAUAUAUAAGAGGGUCUUUAGUUUGUGCAGAGAAAAAAAAUGCAACGAAGACUUGCAGAAAUUCUACCCUGAAACUCUGAUUUCUUAAGGCUGUGAAGUGUUCAUUUUUAUUCAACUUAAUAAAUAUUUUCUCACAAAGA